CCCGCAAGAGAAGGGCACAAGGCCACAGCCCACAGGUCACCCUCGUGCCCCCAACCAACCUCCCAAGAAAUUCAACGGGGCAGCAUCAGCCCGGGUUCACAAACCACAAAACUUCCCGCCUUAGCUCACCUAAUACUCGCUUCGCUCGGUGCCCCUCCACGUACUCCACUCCACCUCCACCUCCACCUCCAAACGACGCGCGCGCGCACCCACUUCACCUCCGCCUCCGUUCUCUCCACUCCACAGUCCACACCACAGCCAUAUAACCGCACCCGCGCACCGCCGGCUAGCUAGGCGGAUCGACCGAACAGCAAGGCGCCGCGAGAGGCGAAACGGCGGCGGCGACGAUGCACCCGCUGGUGGAGGCGCUCGUGGGGGAGCGGCAGCACUGGGCGCCGGCGCUGCGGCACGCGGCGGCAUGGGCGGGGGCGCUCGCGCUCGCCGUGUCCGUCGCGUCGUUCGCGCCGGAGGCGGCCUUCGUGUGGGCGCUCGCGGGAGGCGGCGGUCCCAGGGCGGCGUGCGCGGCCGGGGCGGUGCGCGUGCCGCUGGACGGCGGAGGGGACCACGUCUGCGUGCCGGCGCGGAUGGCCGGGCGCUCCGGUAUCGACCUGCUCGUGCCGCCGGCGUUCGCGGGGCUCGCUGUCGGCGCCUCCGCCUGCUUCGUCAGGGCGCUCGCCAUCGGCCGCCGCCAUGACGAGUACUAGACGGACGACGCGUCGUCCUUUUGGAUUGGAGGCAGGCAUGGUACCGAUCGAUCGAGUACUAGCGGCUUCCUGUUUGUCAAGUGUACCGUGUAUAAUGAGCUUGAGCUUAUCUGCUUUUUCAGCUAUAGUUUUUCAGACAAGCGAAAGUAUAAAACACGUACAACAUAUAUGUCUGUUUUUAUCUUUUCCUAGAACAAUGUAACUUGUACACAACAUGACCGGAUACAGUAUGAAUUCUAAAAGAUUUGCA